UGUCCCUUUAAGAGACCCGGAAACGAUUUCUCCGUGUGUGUUCACUGGUCACGGGUCCCAAACAGAAAGCUGAGCUCCCUCCCUGAGAUGAUAUCCCACCCUGUGAUUUGGGCUUUUCGCAGCAGUGUGAGGUGCUGGAAACACCGAGCUCUCCUCAAAGCAGCUCCGUGGGCCUCGGACAUCCGCGGUUGGCGCUGGUAUUCCUCUCCGAGUCGUGGUGGUGUCACGGGCAUGGAUGAGAUCCUGGCGCGGGUUGUUGCACCUUUACCCACCUACGAGACGAGAGACAAAUCCCCUCCUCCUCCAGAGUCUAACAGUUUGGAGUUCAUGCUCUUCUACAGCAGCCUCGACAAAGAAGGCAAAGUGGAUGUGUUGGCGAAGCUGUCCCAGGACUUCGGAGUAGACCAUAAAGGAGCUUCAGAGCUCGCACUGAGGUUGCUGGACACCCAGCUACGAGACGUGGGGACCAUCUUACAGGUCGAAGACAGGCUGCGGUACAGCCUCACCCCCAGAUAUAAACAGUUACUGAACCAUAUAAGCAGGGCUGAGGGGGGAGUGAAAUUCCUGGUGGAUCUCCGAGCUGAUGUUCUUGAAAUAAUCGCCUCCAAAGCGAACGAGAGCCCACAGAUCAGGGACCUGAACGGCACGCUGAAGAGUUUGCUGUCUGAGUGGUUCUCUGUGGGUCUGCUCCGACUGGAGAGAAUCACUUGGCAGUCCCCCUGUGAGAUCCUGCAGAAGAUCAGCCAUUACGAGGCAGUGCACCCUGUGAGGAACUGGACCGACCUGAAGCGCAGAGUGGGGCCUUACCGCCGCUGUUAUGCCUUCACCCAUGCCGCCAUGCCAGGAGAGCCGCUGGUUGUUCUACACGUGGCUCUCACCGAAGACAUCUCAGAUAACAUUCAGAGUAUCGUCCGGGAGUUUGCCACUCUCGACUCUGAGGAGGAUGUGAACAAGAUAAAUGCUGCAAUUUUCUACUCCAUCUCCUCCACCCAGGCUGGCCUGCAAGGGGUGGAGCUGGGCAACUACCUCAUCAAGAAGGUGGUGCGAGAACUACAGAGUGAGUUCCCUCACAUGGGCCAGUUCUCCAGCCUGUCUCCAAUCCCAGGCUUCUCCUCCUGGCUCCAGGGCCUGCUGAGCCAGUACAAGAAGGAGAGCCGGGGCUCUGACCUCCUCUCUGAGCAGGAGUGGAAGGAGGUGGAACAGGCCACAGACGCAGAACCGGGCGUCCCUGCCAUCGAGGCUCUUCGUAAGCUGAUUGGCACAAGUGAGUGGAUGCACUCGGAGCGGCUGUCCCGCGUCCUGGAGCCCGCCCUGAUGCGUCUCUGUGCCUGGUACCUGUACGGAGAGAAGAGGCGGGGCUACGCUCUCAACCCGGUGGCCAACUUCCACCUGCAAAACGGCGCCACCAUGUGGAGGCUGAAUUGGCGCGCCGAUACCAGCCCGAGGGGAGUUGGGAACUCCUGUGGUAUCAUGGUGAACUAUCGAUACUUCCUGAACGAGACCUCUAAAAACAGCGCUCUGUACCUGCAGAAUAAAACCAUCACAGCGUCAGAGCAGGUGCUGGGACUGGUGAACCAGUUCCAGAAGAACAGCAAACUGUGAGGCGGGGACACGCUCCUCUGCCCUCCUCUGCUUUGUUAGAUUGCACUUAAUUUCAGUGAUAAGGUGACUUUAUUUUGUUUAAUUUAUUUUUAAUUUACAUGUUUGGUUAGAUCCAUGAAACGGCUUGGGAAUGGACUAUUACAGACGAUAAGGUUUUUAAUUGAAAUGAGAACAUCUCUCAUGUAACGUGUGGCCUCCUUUCUCCUGUAUGCAGUGCAGUGGUUAGACUCUCUGCGUCAUUAGGUCCCUGGUUGAAGCUGUUGAUAAUGUGUAAGUGCUUUGCAGGCUGAGAGAGUGUGGCUAAUGAAGCGUGAGGCAUCUAUCAAUGCUAUGCCAUGUUCCUGGAUAACAGUGUGUGUAAUGGUGAAGCAGGCAGGAGCAAUGAGGGAGCGCAGCUACUGGAAUAAAUGAUGCUGAGAUUCUUUCAUUUGGCUGAACAGACUCUCUGCACACAUGUUGGACACUGGCUGAGGAUUGGUUCCUCUUGUUGGCUUUAAAAACACCUGCUGUUAAAUUCUUAAUUUCUCCUUAUGCUCAAUACAACACUGGGCAGAAUUACAAACUGUAAAUCUUAUUUGGUAUAAUAAAUAACUGAAUGUUUUUUCUGCCACUUAUCAUGACUGCACAUUUCACAGGGGAUGCUCUGGGCUGCAGCCUGCUGGUGUCUAAAAUCAGGGGGAUUCUUUGAUAAUCAUGCCUUCACAUCAACACACACUCACACUCACACACACCAACAGCAGCCUCUCCAGAGAACCAUCACUGAUGCUCUAACCGCUCUGUACAGGUGCCAAGCAGGGCUCAUAUCAGCCCACGUCCCAUUGUUGUGAAAUAAUAUAUCACAGCAAGUUGACUGUGAAAUUACAUUUUAUCUCUCCGAGGAGCCAAACUUUCUUUUCAUUUUUUCACACUCUCUAUCUCUCCCCCCUCUCACCCCGUGCUGCCGUGUGUCCUAGAAACUAAUGGAGUGAGAAAUAAAGUUAAAGUAAAUGGUUA